UCAAGAUGCGCAGCAAGAAAAGAACGUGACCAUGCAUGGGUUAAUAGAUUACUUAAAAACUGAAGUAAGCCAGGAUGAUUGCUUGCAAACUGACUGUAAACUAGAGUCUGGCAGCAUGACUGAGGGAGAGGUGAAAGAGAGCAGUGACACAGUGUUAAGCUCAGCAAGGACAGGUAAUGAAAAAAGUGGAGACAUCCCUGAAACUGGUACUGCCAGGAUGUUAGUCACUGCUGAGGGAGACCUAGCUAUAAACACCAGCACUGGGGAGCAGGAGGCACACCUGUACAGAAAUCACUCUCCAGCCCUCCCUGCGAUGGAGCAGGGCGAGCACUCUGCAUGUGCAGGUGGUGUUGUUGCUGAAAAUCAGCCAAGCAAGAUGAAUUCAGAGCACGAAAUCUCCCUCGAGGAUGCCAAAGGAGAGCUAUCACCACUGGCAUUAACUGAGCCUAAGAGCCUUGACCUCAGUGAACCUCAAGAUAUGGCUGUGGCAGGAUUACCCACUGAAAGCCCUGCUGGGCCAGGUGAUGAUAAUCAGUUGGCUUCUCCCCUGGAUCCCUGUGAGCAUCCCUCAGCCGUGUGUGCAGCCUCUGGCAAUGCUGUCCCCGUGGGAGCUGCUGAGCUGACUGCAGCCAGCACUUCCAAGCCUGAUAGCUGCGAGGGAGUUGAUAAGCACGUGUCUGAGGAUGUACCUUUGGCUGUGGCCCCUGGUGAUGGUGUAGAGCUGCCUGUUGAAGAAACCAAAGGUUUCACAAGGGAAAAAAAAAGGAGCUCCGACUCUGAAGAAGCAUUUGAGACCCCGGAGUCCACUACACCUGUCAAGGCACCACCUUCACCUCCACAGCCUCCCCCUGAAGCAGCAGCAGCAGCAGCAGAAGUUGUUGCAGACGUAGCAGAGCAAGAAAUAAAACCUCAGCUGCCCGUGGAAGAUACAGGGCUGUGUGCAGAAGCUGAGCCCGUAACCGAUGUGUCACACAGCGAGCCAGUUCAGGAGAGCCCCUUCCGUCCCCCCUGCCAUUCCUUCUCCACUGUCUUCGACGAGGACAAGCCCAUAGCCAGCAGUGGAACCUACAACUUGGAUUUUGAUAACAUUGAGCUGGUCGAUUCUCUCCAUGCCUUAGGACCGAGCUCUGCAGAGCCCAAGAAUCGUGACCCCAAAGCAAAUGUCCGGAGAAAAUCCACGGAUUCGGUCCCAGUGUCCAAAUCCACGUUGUCUCGGUCCCUCAGCCUGCAGGCCAGUGAUUUUGAUGGAGCAUCUUUCCUUGGCAACAGUGAGACAUUAGCACCCUCAGCAGAUGCCUACGGUACUGGUUCCAGCAGCGCUUCCAGUACCCUCAAGAGAACAAAAAAGCCCAGACCAGCUUCCUUAAAAAAGAAGCAGUCGGCCAAAAAACCUCUGGAUGCUCCGCUGGUGAAGGAAACCCCACAAGAACCGCCCGAGCUUGGCCAAGCAGCUUGUGAGGACAAAGCACCUGAGGUGAAGGCUGACUCAGCAAAGCCUGAAUGUACUGAACCUUCCAAAAUCUCUGCUGAGAAAGAGGAGGCCCCGUCUGUGCCUGAAGGAUCCGAGCCCUCGGAUCUGGACCAUUUGGAAGGGAUUGGUGCAUUCGGCUCCGGAGGCAGCAAGGUGCAGAACUCCCCUCCUGGCAGCAGGAAAACGCUGCCUCUAACCACGGCCCCCGAGGCUGUGGAGGUGACUCCGCCAGACACCGGGGGACAGGAGGACCCUCCCAUCAAAGCAGUGAGGCUGGAGUUUGACUAUUCCGAGGAGAAAGGGGGGAGUGAAGAGCAGCAGGAGAGCGCUCCUCCUCCCAAAAAAGCAGGGAAAAAGCCUGGUGCUAAAAUGCCGCUCCGGAGGCCAAAGACUAAAAAGCCGGUGGAGAAGCUUGACAAUGCUCCGACCACCCCGACCAAGUCGCCCACUGAUCCAAAUGAAAUCCCCAUCACUAAAGGCUCUUACACUUUUGAUAUCGACAAGUGGGACGAUCCCAAUUUUAACCCCUUCUCAUCCAGUUCAAAAAUGCAGGAAUCUCCCAAACUGCCUCAACAAACGUACAGCUUCGAGCCGGACAUGUGUGAGGACUCCAUUGAUCCUUUCAAGACUUCUUCUAAGAUUGCCAGCUCGCCUUCCAAAUCUCCAGCUUCCUUUGAGAUACCAGCCAGUGCCAAUGAAACAAAUGGGACAGAAGGAGACAGCCUGAACAAACCUGCCAAGAAGAAGAAGACGCCAUUAAAAACUGAUACAUUUAGGGUGAAAAAAUCACCAAAAAGAUCUCCACUAUCUGAUCCUCCUUCUCAGGAUCCCACUCCACUGCCAACUCCAGAAACACCUCCUGUCAUCUCCACGGUGGUUCACGCCACGGAUGAGGAGAAGCUGGCGUCCUCUGUGACAGGGCAGAAAUGGACCUGCAUGACUGUGGACCUGAACACGGACAAGCAGGACUACCCCCAGCCCUCUGACCUGUCCACCUUUGUCAAUGAGACCAAGUUCAACUCUCCCACAGAGGAAUUGGAAUAUGGCAACUCAUAUGAAAUAGAAUAUAUGGAGAAAAUAGGCUCCUCUGUGCCUCAGGAUGACAGCACCCAGAAGAAGCAGUCCUUGUACCUAAUGUUUGAUGCCCAGCAGGAGAGCCCAGUGAAAUCACCUCCCAUCAGAUUGUCUGACUCCACAACUCCCUGCUCAGGGUCGAGUUUUGAAGACCCCGAAGCCCAGCAGUCCUCUGGCAUGAAAAUCCCACACCCAGCGUCCCGAGUCCUCGCUGCCAGCCAGGAGGCACAUUUACAGUCCCCUGACAAGGCCAAGCAGAAGGACCUGGAGCCCAUGACCCUGGGAACAACUCCAGAGGCCAUUGAAAUUGCUUCUCCUGAAGACUCCUUUGUCUCUGCUGAUGCUCUUCUCAAUAGGAUAUCUAAGAAAGCCUCAUUAUGUGAUCAGCCUGAAUAUCUAGAUCCUGACCUGGCAGAAAAGAACCCCCCAGUAUUUGCUCAGAAACUUCAGGAGGAGCUAGAGUUUGCUGCCAUGAGGAUAGAAGCUCUGAAGUUAGCCAGGCAGAUUGCCCUGUCCUCCCUGCGCUCCAAGAGAGAACCUGCUAUCCCAGCAGAUGUUUCCAUCUCCAAAAGCGCUCUGUACUCCCGCAUCGGCGCCUCAGAUGCAGAAAGCACCACGGCUCUGCUCUACCCCCAGCAGGACCUGGACUCUGCACUACGGCUGGCCAGGGCAGAGAUUGUGGCCAAGGAAAGGGAAGUAUCUGAGUGGAAAGAGAAAUAUGAAGAAAGCAGAAGGGAAGUGAUGGAAAUGAGAAAAAUAGUUUCGGAAUACGAGAAGACGAUUGCUCAGAUGAUAGAGGAUGAACAGAGAGAGAAAUCUGUCUCCCACCACACUGUUCAGCAGCUCAUAGUGGAGAAGGAGCAAGCUCUGGCCGAUCUGAACUCAGUGGAGAAAUCCCUGGCAGAUCUUUUCAGGAGAUACGAGAAGAUGAAGGAAGUCCUGGAGGGGUUUCGGAAGAAUGAAGAAGUGUUGAAGAAAUGUGCGCAGGAAUAUUUGUCACGAGUGAAGAAGGAGGAGCAGAGGUACCAGGCACUCAAAAUUCAUGCUGAGGAGAAACUGGACAGAGCCAAUGCUGAAAUUGCACAAGUGAGAGGCAAGGCCCAGCAGGAGCAGGCAGCGUACCAGGCCAGCCUUCGCAAGGAGCAGCUCAAAGUGGAUGCCUUGGAGAGAACACUGGAACAAAAGAAUAAAGAGAUAGAAGAAUUAACAAAGAUUUGUGAUGAACUGAUUGCCAAAAUGGGGAAAAGCUAACUUUUAACCAAAUUUCUGGACUUCGAUACUGAGUGCAAUAUGACCAUUGGCACACUGAUGUCCAUACAUUUAUGUGGACAGGUUAUAUUUUCACUUUUUCGUAUGCACUACUGUAUUUUCUUUCUAAAUAAAGUUGAUUUAAUUGUAUGCAGUA